AUGUCAAUCCCGCCGUCCGAUCCCGAUAAUACCUUGCCUUACCCCCUGGUGACACCUGCCGCGCCUGCCCAACAUGAUUGCUCGACACAAGCCGAGCAAGCUCGGCCCAAUCCACGUCACCACUCAUCGCAUUCACCGAGCCAAAACCUGUCCCAGGGGGCUCCACAGGCAUCCUCUCCGUCGCGGGCGGAAUCCCCCACAAUUCGUCAAUGGACCCAGCCUGCACCCCCCUUCACUGUAAAAAGGGCCUCGACGAACCCGCAGGAGAAUUUCCAGAAUUUCCCCCACCCUGAAACUUUUUACAGUCCCCAAUUGUCCGAAAGAGACAGUAUCUUCGCAACCCACUAUCUUCCCACCGACAGCGGCGCCAAUACCCCACAAUUGCCCCCAGCAAGGGCCCCGGAGAAUGAGCGCCAGGUGAAUUCUAUCCCGCGUCUCGAUGAUGUGCACGGGUCUCCAAGUCCUCCCUCUAAGGUCUCUCCCCACAAUUCUCACGUCGACCCUUCCCACAUGGAAGUUGACGUCCGCAGACAUCUCCCAUUGCGCUCUUCUUCUCUCUUCCCUUCCUCCGAGACAUCACCUUUCUCGCCUUUGCGCUCGUCUAUAUUUGCGUCAGACCAGUUAAAGGACCAGGAAAAGGAGGCUGGUAUACAUAUACCGUACACUCAGACGGUUGAUCCAGGUACGAAGUUUGAUAGCCCAGACUCACCGACUGAACGCAGUCUUCUUCCAUCUGUCCUAGAUGAUGUCUCUCAUUCGCCCCAGUCAUUGACUCCUGAUCACGGGCGGCCGCCGCUAAGUCGAGAAGGCGUCUCCUACGGAUCAUUCGCCGAAUCUUCUCGGGGCGUGGCUUUGGAGCGGAGCUCUAGUCGAGGUCGUCGGGGACGGGUGGAUAGCUCGAUCGAGGCAAAUCUCAGUAACGUGGAGCCUGCUUCAAACGUGCGCAGUCGUAAGUCCAGCCAUUACCUGGGCUUGUUCAAAGAAAAUACCACUUCACCUGAAAGGAAAAAAUGGGAAGACCACUCCCGACACCGAGAUGACGCUGCAGACCGGUGGGAUCGGGCUAUGGAUCACAAUAUGCAGAUUGCGAAUCUGUCAUCGGACGAGACUGGACUGAUUCGGAAGAGCAUCUCUCUUCCUUCCCUUGGAGAUGGCCCAUCCUUUGAUACCCCACUUGCAAAUGAAUUGCCAGAUGUUGAAGAACCGGCCAAGCGUCGACCACUGCCAGCAUUACCUCGCGGCCUUCUUGAGGAAAUCAGGAAUUUCCACCUGACUCCGGGUGGUGCCCGCGGUUCGUCCUUUUCCAGGAGUAUUCCCGCCCAGUAUUCGGAACGCAGCAGGAGUUAUUUCCAGGAGUCUCAUAUCGAGCAUUUUGCAGAAUCACUAAGCUCCGUGGAACAGGAUGACCGACGAGGUUCGGAGCAGUUUGAAGAUGAGGGAAACGAACAAAUUAAGUCUGCCGUUUAUUUCCCUCACGAGCGUGUUGCCGUGGCCGAAGGGGUCAAUGAUCCGCGAUCAAUAGGGGCAGACCCACACAGCGUGCAACCAGUUCAGCUUUCUGCGGCCGACAAGAGUCAUGGAUUGAUGUUAAUACCCCAACAACGUAGUCCUCCACCCGAGCAAGAAGUUGGCCAUGUGGAUAUAUCCUUUCGAUCUAAAAAUGAAAGCAAGAUUCUCCAUGGUGAUCUUCAAGAUCUCCGAUCUCCUUCUGAGGGUGUACCAGAGAUUCCUCUGGGCCCAAUUUCCGAGUACGGCUAUGAUUCCACCGCCGAAUCCGAUGCAGUUUCUGCCGAUGACAGUGGGCAUUCCAUCGAUGAUUCCAGCUUGACUGAUGAUGUGGAUGUCACGCCAACUGCCACCCCCACCCAGCAACCCCGCAUCCUCGAACGUCGCAAACCAGCGGGUCCCCUUGGUGCCGUUGAGCUAAAGCCCUACAGGCAUCAAGUGGGUGGUCACACAACUGUAUUCCGUUUCUCCAGGCGUGCGGUCUGCAAGCAGCUCAACAACCGCGAGAAUGAGUUUUACGAACGCAUUGAACGAAGACAUCCGGAUAUGCUGGUCUUUCUCCCUAGAUACAUUGGUGUUCUGAAUGUAACUUUUUCAAAAACCCCAAAGCGACCAAAAGAUCAGGCUGAAAAUGGCACCCAAAAGCAAUUAAAUGGAGCCUCUGAAUUGGAUUCUCAAAUGGUUGAGCCAGUAGAGCCUCAGCGAAUCGUCAGCCAGAAACAGGUCACUGGUGUAGUUCCUAAAGUGAUUCUUGCAAACAACCGUCACAUUAUUCCAGCGGAUCUCUUUUCGCGCCAACGAUCCAGGAUACUGGAUGACUCAUACAACAACGGUCGACCGCGUUCCGCCGGUGGCCUGGGGGAGCUCAACUCAGAUCCUAGCUCAUUGAGCAACCAAACCAAGAUAUGGGGGGCUACAACUGUCAACAGGAAGCUUCAGGAGCAGGUCCUUCGAGAGGUUUUCAGCCCUCCUGCCAUUCAUCAUCAUCGACGACAUGCUCGUGGACAUUUACAUUUGUCUAGAAACGCUUCGGAUCUGCCCUCUCGUCGGCGUGAGAAUAUGUCAGAAGAUACAGCUCUCGCACGUCCUUCAGGACUUGGCAAGGCUCGGACCUUGAGGACACCUACAAUGGAUAUAGCGCGGUCUGACCCUGAAGCCCCUGCUCUUUCAUCAUCUGCAUCUACAGCCUUGGAUGAAAACCGUGAGAGGCUAGAGAGAGUGAAGACUGAGGACCAGCUCAAACGAGCAAACUCUGUCAACCGCGGUCAAUCUGUAAGGAGAAGACAUUCGGGUGGUGGUCUGCACCGGCGCGGAAGCAUCGGCUCCGAGAAGAAAGGCGAGCUGAUGUUUUUCGAAGACGACGGAUAUGGUGGAGAUAAAGAGGACGAAAUUUUCUCGAUGGAGGGCGAUGUACCCACGUCUACAGACAAUCCGCCAUCGGAAAUUCCCUCGACUUCGCAACCAUCCACAGGCGCUUUUGCAAGCGAACGCGAACACUCCAUUCCUGACGCCCCACCAUCCGACAGAAUAUCUGCUGCCUCUUCUCAGCUUGGGUUGGAAGAUUCAUUGACAACCCAUCUGCCCAGUAAUCCCAAGGAAGCGCAGUUGAAGAAGGAUGAACGAGUACAGUUCUUCCUCCUUCUGGAAGAUCUGACCGCUGGUAUGAACAAACCUUGCGUGCUAGAUCUCAAAAUGGGCACCAGACAGUAUGGUAUUGAGGCAAAUGACAAGAAGAAGAAAUCACAAAGACGCAAGUGUCAAUCAACAACAUCGCGGCAACUUGGAGUCCGUCUAUGCGGUAUGCAAGCCUGGAAUGUCAAGAAGCAAGAGUACAUCUUCGAAGAUAAAUACUUUGGACGUGACUUGAAAUCCGGUCGUGAAUUCCAGGAUGCUCUAACCCGAUUCCUCUACGAUGGUGUCAGUUAUGCUAGCGUGGUCAAAAAGAUCCCCGUGAUCCUGGAAAAACUAUCACUUUUGGAACACAUGAUUAGGAGCUUGGAUCGAUAUCGCCUCUAUGCCAGCAGUCUGUUAAUUUUGUAUGAUGGCGACCCGGCUACUCCACCACAAACCCCGAACCACACUAUCGACCCUAACUCCCGACCUCGAGUCCACGAUGAUGGUCACAACAAUAUAGAUGUUCAGUUGAAGAUUGUUGACUUUGCAAAUUGUGUCACCGGCGAGGACGAAUUGGCCCCGGACACCCCUUGCCCUCCUCAUUACCCAAAUGAUAUCGAUCGUGGUUACCUGCGAGGUCUUCGCACAUUGCGUAUGUACUUCCAGCGCAUCAUGAACGAAAUUACACAGGAUGAAUUCAUUGAGCGCGGGGAGGGAGAGGGCAUUGCGCUUGGUGGCCAACCUGCUGUUCGCGAAGUUCCCUCCACUGACCAAUAUUGGAAUGAGAGUGUGAUGGAAACUGAUGCAGGUGAAGUAAGCUUCUGA